AUCUCUGUCUCUCAUCCACGGAUGUCUCUAUUCCCGUGCAGUCCGACAUCUUGUCCUGCAUGAGUUCGCAUGAUGCUUUCCCACCCUCAGCUGCUGCAUCAGUAGCCGCCGCCGCCGCCGUCGCUGCUGUGCGUAAUACAGGAAACCAUGCGAGGAGGCGUGUAAGUUGCGAUUGUGAGUGCCCAUGUAUGCGUGUGUGUAACAGAGAAGGGGGAAAUACUAGAAAAUGCCAUGAGGUGAUGAAAAAUUGGCCAUGUUAGUCUCACCGUACUUUACACAGAGACGGAGACGGCGAGGUGACUAAGGCAAGGUCAGAGUCUAGGUCAAGGUUCGGUGAAUAAAUUAGUUUCAAGGCGUGUGUGUGGAUGAGGAUGGAGAGGAAACGGUUCCGCGCGUCGCGAUUUCUCGCAUUGCCUGCGCCUUUUCUUCACCUUGGGCGAGACUGCGCUUGUGCUGUAGGUGAAGAAACGGUCUGGUGGCGAUGGGGAAUCAUCCCGAUGCUCGCCGGUCCGUUCGGCUUCCUCCAUACUAAUAUCGUGGGGCAGGCAGGUGAGCAGACGGGAAAGAAAAUCAAGGAGAAAAUCAUUUGAGCCAUAGUUAGCUUAUGUCGCCCAAAGUUCG